AUGGUCUCGGUCAAGCUGCUGCCGCUUAACGACGACAUCCUCCGCAUCAAAUGCUCAUUCCUCGCCCGCCAGGCCGCGCUCGCGGCUCGCCAACGCAUGCACACGCAGCUCCCGGUCUUCCAUCUCUCGACGCUAUCGUUCAUCAUGGCCUUACCCGCCGUACGCGAUCUCUCCAUCCACUUGGCAUGCAACAAGGAGGUCACCCACAUCGUCCCGUUGUGCCCAAACCGUUUCCAUCACGCGGCAGCUCGGGCGGGAGGAGCCUUGCACAAUCGUCGUCUACGACGGCUGACGCUCCGCGAGUUCACAUGCGGCUCAAAAACCGUCCCCCGUCGCAUCGAUCAGUUGGUCCUCAGUAUCAGCAAGUACGGGGUCGCGUGGCAGAUGCCGGCUGCGCUCAAGUUCGGCCGCAAGUUCAAGGACAGAUUCACCAGGCCCCUCUUCGCAGCGCUCCCGUCGCCACCCUCGCUCUACCUCCUUAUCGACUUCAAGACCAGGCACAGCCAAUACCGCGUCAGCAAAGCACCCGAGGGCCGCCCGACAAGUCGCGCAUCGCCGAAGCGAAUCGCGUCGCCUUCCUCAAGCUUCUACCCGCUGUGUUUGCACGGGCGAUUCCUGCUCCCCGCGUCCUCGCUCUUCCGUCGUUGCAAGCCCGUGAUCACCCACCACAACACCAUCGGGGGUCGCGCCGGGCGCACGGACGCGCAGCUGUUCCCGAACUAUCACGACGAUAUCUUGGGCUGCAACGAGUACGGGUGA